UCUGCAGAUGUCAAGGAAGUAGAGAUACCGGUGCCGUGGGGCCACAUUAGAGGAAAUUGGUGGGGACCGGCAGAUAAGCAGCCUAUAGUGGCGAUACACGGCUGGCAGGACAAUUCGGGCACUUUUGACGCCUUGGCACAAUUAUUGCCGAACGUAGCUAUACUGAGUAUAGAUCUGCCUGGUCACGGCCUUUCCUCUCAUCUACCAGUCGGACAGUUCAACUAUAUAUUUUGGGAUGGGGUUCUCGCGCUGCGUAGAAUUGUUAGAUAUUACAAGUGGAACAAGGUCAGACUUCUUGGACACUCAUUGGGUGGUGCUAUAUCAUUUCUGUAUGCAGCAUCAUACCCAGAUGAAGUCGAUGCUCUUAUAAGUUUGGAUAUUGUCAGUCCGAGCACAAUGGAUAUCAAGAAAACGGCUCCGCUCACCGGAGAUUACAUUGACAGAUUUUUGAAGUACGAAAUGUUAACAUUGGACAGUGUACCAUGUUACGAUUACGAUGAAAUGCUUGAGAUAGUAGAACAAGCAUAUGGUGGUUCUAUAACGAAGAAAGGAGCAGAAAUAUUAAUGAAACGUGGUAUGCAACAAGCAUAUAAAAAGGACAAAUAUUAUUUUUCUCGUGAUCCAAGACUAAAGGUUUCCCUUUUAGGCAUGUUGUCUUUAGAUUUAGCACUUGAAUACGCAUCUCAGAUAAAAUGUGCUUAUCUCAACAUUCGUGCUGUUCCUGGAAUGAAAUUCGAACAACCUGAAAAUUAUCAGAAAGUAUUAGACGUCAUAAAACUAGGAGCUAGGAAAUUCGAAUAUCAUGAGGUGGAAGGGACGCAUCACGUACAUUUAAAUGAGCCUGAAAUAAUUGCGCCUAUAAUCACGAAUUUUUUACAGAAUUUAUAGUAAUAUCGUUUAGUUAUUAACGAAUGCAGUUACUUAAGAUAAGGUUUUGUGAUUAGGAUGUGUAGAUUAACGGGAGAUUGUAUUUAUGUUUGACACGUAUACGCUUGCUCUUGAACAUGUUUAGUUUCAUUAAAUUUUGAAUAAAUAGUUUUAUAAUUCAAAAACAACUUUAUUGAAAAUGCAUUAUGAAAUAAUGUUAAAUUAGUAGCAAAUUUAAAAGAAUCAAUGCACUUAUUAUAAUUUACUGUCAUAUGUGAAAAUAAGGUGCUUUAGUAUAACGUUCAGUGCUGUGAUGAGCAAAAAUUAAGAGAUACAUAUAAAAUAUAAGAUAUGUAAUUAUUGUAUGUCUUAAAUUACAAAUUUUGUCAAACAUUGUCUAGUGUCGCUUCUACGUGGUAGUUAAUAAAUUAUUUAAUGUUA